AUGGUUCAACUUGCUAAAGUUUCAUCGAGGAAUUCAUCUAGUAGUGAUGAUUCCGAUGAUGAUCAACCAGUGAAAAAAGCUUUCGCUCCAGUUCAAAAGCAGGUUACAACACCUGCACAAAAGGCUGCUCCAUACACAAAUGGAAAUAAGAAAAAACAAGAUUCAUCAUCUUCCUCGGAUUCUUCUGAUGAAGAUGCACGAAAACCAUCUACAAAUUCAAAAUCAACUCCAACUGCACCACCAGUUAAAGCUGAUUUGAAGCGAAAAGCAGCAUCAUCGAGUAGCUCAAGUUCAGAUUCGGAUGAUGCAGCACCACCUGCUAACAAAAAACAACCUCCAUCAACGCCAACCAAAACUAAUGGAACAUCAGUUGUUAAAAAGACUGGCAUCCCACCACCAGCUAGUCUCAUAAACAACAAGAAAAAGGAUUCAUCAUCAGAUUCGGAUUCAUCUGAUGAUGAUGACAACAAGAACAAAAAACAAACACCCGUCAAAGCAACAACAACUGCCAAACCACCACAACAACCAAUCAAGAAAUCAGCUGCGAAGUCGAGCAGCAGUGAUUCUGAUUCAGAUGACGAUGAUGAUCAACCAAACAAAAAGACACCACUCGUUUCCAAAGUGACACCGAAAGCUGCCAUUCCUCCACCAGCCAGUCUGACGUCAACGAAGAAACAAGAAAGUUCAUCUGACUCUAGUUCUUCUGAUGACGAUGCAACGGCGAAGAAGGCACCAGUUAAAGCCGCGCCGACUCCCGCAGCUAAGGUGGCUACUCCUCAGCUAGCGAAGAAAGCAGCAUCAAGCAGUAGUGAAUCGGAUUCUGAUGAUAAUGCGAAACCAGCAGUAACUAAGACAUCAGUAGUCAAGAGUGCACCGGUAGUCGUGAGCAAGAAGAAAGAUAGUUCAUCUGACAGCAGUGAUUCAUCGAGUGAAGAUGAAAAAACGAAGAAGUCAACAAAUGUCUCAGCUGUGAAACCAGCGGCAACGCCAGCACCAGCCGUGAAGAAACCUGUUGUAACAAACAAUAAGAAGAAAGAUUCGUCUUCAUCAUCAUCAUCUUCAGACUCUGAUGCAGCAGACAAUAAGAAGGGUAAACCACAAGCAGCGCCAGCAUCGACGAAAACGCAUGUGACUCCAUCAAAAGUGAAAAAGGCUAGCAGCUCCAGCAGCAGCGAUUCUGAAGAAGAAGUAUCGACUGUUAACAAAAAGAGUCCAGUUAAAACACCAGUACCAACUUCUACAGUUAAACCAACAGCCGCUCUGUUGAAUAAGAAUCAAAAGUCGUCGAAAUCCUCGUCCGAUUCAGAUUCAUCAGAUUCUGAUAACAAUCGCAAAAAAACAGCUGUAGCUGCUGCAAUUAAACCAAAAGUUGUCGCUCCUGUCACUGCGAAGAAAGCAGCUUCAUCAAGUAGUAGCAGUACUAGUGAUUCGGAUGAUAAUAAGAAACCAAUUACAUCAUCAGUGAAAGCUCCCGUUCCGACAACUCCAGUCAAGAAAAUUGCUGUUACGGCAUCAUCAGCUUUGGCAAGCAAGAAAACGAAAGAAUCUUCAAGUUCGGAUUCUUCAGAUGAUGAUGAUCAUAAGAACAAAAAACCGGUUCAAGGUGCACCAGUCGCUGCAAAGAAAACAACAAAAUCUAGCAGUUCUAGCAGUAGCGAUUCUGAUUCUAAACCAACAUCUGCGAAAAAACAACCAGCAACUCCAGUGAAAGCUCCAGCAGUAACAACAAAUGUUGUCAACAAAAAGAAACAGGAAUCAUCAUCUUCAUCGGACUCUUCAGAUGAUAACAAAAAAAAACCACCUGUAGCCGUUAAACCAACUCCAGUUGUUACUAAACCUCAAACAAAAGCAUCAAGUAGUUCAAGUAGUAGUGAUUCAGAUGAUAAGACUUCAGCAAACAAGAAAGUCCCUGUUUCACCUGUCAAAAAACCAGCUGUCACGUCGUCGACAACUGCCCCGACAAGCGCCAAAAAGAAAGAUUCGUCUUCGGAUUCUGAUUCAUCAGAUGAUGAUACUCAGAAAAAGGUACCAGUUAGACCGACAUCAGUCACCAAACCAGUUCAACAAGCAACAAAGAAAGCAGCUUCGUCAAGCAGUAGCAGUGAUUCUGAUGAUGAUAAGCCGUCAAAACCUACCGUCACGGCAAUAACACCAAAAGCUGCUAUUCCACCGCCAGCUAGUCUCAUAAACAACAAGAAAAAGGAUUCAUCAUCAGAUUCGGAUUCAUCUGAUGAUGAUGACAACAAGAAAAAAAAACAAACACCCGUCAAAGCAACAACAACUGCCAAACCACCACAACAACCAAUCAAGAAAUCAGCUGCGAAGUCGAGCAGCAGUGAUUCUGAUUCAGAUGACGAUGAUGAUCAACCAAACAAAAAGACACCACUCGUUUCCAAAGUGACACCGAAAGCUGCCAUUCCUCCACCAGCCAGUCUGACGUCAACAAAGAAACAAGAAAGUUCAUCUGACUCUAGUUCUUCUGAUGACGAUGCAACGGCGAAGAAGGCACCAGUUAAAGCCGCGCCGACUCCCGCUGCUAAGGUGGCUACUCCUCAGCUAGCGAAGAAAGCAGCAUCAAGCAGUAGUGAUUCGGAUUCUGAUGAUAAUGCGAAACCAGCAGUAACUAAGACACCAGUAGUCAAGAGCGCACCGGUAGUCGUGAGCAAGAAGAAAGAUAGUUCAUCUGACAGCAGUGAUUCAUCGAGUGAAGAUGAAAAAACGAAGAAAGCAGUUAACGUGGCAUCUGUGAAACCUAUACUAACGUCAACACCAAUUGCUAAACCAGUUAAACGACCAGCUUCAUCGAGCAGCAGUGAUUCAGAUGACAAUACCACAGCGAAGAAAACAACUCCAGUGAAAGCUGUUGUCACGUCAGUAUCUGCGAAAUCUUCUGUGACAAACAAUAAGAAGAAAGAUUCAUCAUCAUCAUCAGAUUCUGAUUCACCGGAUGACAAGAAAAAGAAAGCAGCUCCAAACGUUAAAUCUGUACCGACACCAAUUGCUAAGAAAGCUGCUAGUUCAAGUAGUAGCAGUGAUUCAGAUGAUGAUAAGCCCGUUCAAAAGAAACCAGCGCAAGCGACUGCUGCAGUUAAAACACCCGUUAUUCAAGCAAAUACCGCCAUUAAGAAGAAACAGGAUACAUCCUCCUCGUCAGACUCUUCUGAUAACGAUACAAAGAAACAGCCAGUGAAACCGACUGUAGCACCUGCUCAGCCUGCCAAACGAAAAGCAGCAUCAUCAAGCAGUUCGAGUUCAGAUUCAGAUGACGUUGCACCACCUGCCAAUAAGAAAGUGGCUCCUUCAACACCAACGAAAGCUGUAGCAAAACCUGCAGUGUCAUCAUUAACUAAUCUCACAAAUAGCAAGAAAAAGGGUUCGUCGUCGGAUUCUGACUCGUCGGAUGACGACAAUCAAAAUAAAACGGCUUCGAUUGUACCAGCUAAAACAGCACCUAUUACUAAACCAGUUCAACAAGCAACAAAGAAAGCAGCUUCUUCAAGUAGCGGCAGCAGCGAUUCUGAUGAUGCACCAGCACCGAAGAAACCCGCUGUUGUCAGCAAACCAACAGUUCAAUCAGUGAAUCUCUCUGCCAACAAAAAGACUGCAGCAUCAAGCAGCAGUAGCGAUAGCAGUGACUCUGAAGAUGACAAAGCGGCGACAAACAAAAAAUCACCACAAAAACCCGCUGUCAAUGGUACAAGUAUCGGUAAACCAUCUAUAACAACAGUUAAUGGUAACGGUAGUUUAAAACGAAAAGCAUCAUCAUCAUCAUCGAGCGAUGACUCAACAGAUGACAAACCAACUAAAAACGCGUCGACUAACGGAAUUGCUAAAGUUAAUAAUCAGGUGACUGUUACCCCACAAGAUAAUAAACAACCAAAACGUAAAUCAUCGCCUUUCCGACGCGUUCGAGAGGAAGAUGCUGAUCCCGAAUAUUUGAAAAAAGUUGGCAAAAAUGCUUUUGAGCAAAAGGCCGGUGCACGUGGUUCAUGGGGCGAAAAAGCGAAUGCUGAUUUAAUCAAUACUCGUGGCAAAAGUUUUCGUCACGAGAAAACGAAAAAGAAACGUGGUUCAUAUCAUGGUGGAAAGAUCGAUUCAGUGAACACAUUUUCAAUUAAGUUCGAUGAUUCAGAUGAAUAG